AUGACUCCAUCAAACAACACAAUCAUCCAUGAACACCACACUGCCUCAAGUCUUGACAAUCUUCACACACUCAAUCUGUUGUUGACACGACACACUCUUCCAUUCACAUGCUGGUCCGAUGGCUUCUUGCUUCAACUAUGGGGGGGCUUCCGUGGACAACAGCCGCCUUCAGGCUCCACUGGCCCGUGA